AUGAUCAACAAUCAACAUAUGCUGACCUACUUAUAUCUCUUGGUUUACAUACUGCUUUCUUCAGGAGUUAUUUUAUAUAACAAGGUAAAAUAUCUUUAUACAUUCCUAUUUGUAUAUCAUUUACACCUGAGUUUGAGAUAAUCAUUAUUGUUUUUAUUUUCUUUGAUUCUUAAUGGAAUUAGGCCCCCAAAGGCUAUAAUUUUAUGAAAAUUGAUUUCUACCUUGGAGGAAAGUUAGUUGUAGUGCAUAAGUUUCAUCUUCACAUACUUGUGAUAGAUCUUGAGGUCUUUGUUUAUAGCCUCUUGUUUCUUAGAUAAAAUUAUGUAAAUAAUUCUCGAAAGUCGGAUUUUCAAAGCUUAAGUGUAGACAGAUCACUUCUCCAAUUAACACUAUAAGAUUUUAUCAUCUACCAGUGAAUAUCAUGGUCAUAGACCUUAUUCUGAAAUCAUAGUUAAAGUUGAGAAAGUGUAAUUCACGAUCUCGUGAGGUAAUAUAGGACCUAAUUCACUUGUAUCUACAUUAUCUGAGUUGGAUCGUAGACUUCAAUAAGAAUAUAAUCUUUAAGAGACUAUAAAGAGUAGAAGUUUUAUAUGGUUUUUUUUGACCACCCAUAUCUUUAUCAUUUUUAUUAUCUCAUAGUAUUACUUGCAUAUCUCAAAAAGAAUAUUUAUUGUCCACAUUAUGCAAGUAAUGUCAUGAGACAAUAGAAAUGAUAAAGAUAUGGGUGGUCAAAAAGAAUCAUAUAAAACUUUUACUCCUUGUAGUCUUUGAAAUAUCAUAUUCUUGUUGAAGUCUACGAUUUAACCCAGAUGAUGUAGAUACAAGUGAAUUAGGUCUCAUAUUACCUCAUGGGAUUGUGAAUAACACUUUCUCAGCCUUAACUAUGAUUUCAGAAAAAAGUCCAUGACCAUGAUAUUCACUGGCAGGUGAUGAAAUUCUAUAGUGUUAAUUGGAGAAGUGAUCUGUCUACACUUAAGCUUUAAAAAUCUGACUUAUAUGCAAGUAAUGUCAUGAGACAUUACUUGCAUUUUGACCACCCAUAUGAUGGGUUUCUUUGGUCCACAUUAUAUGGCUACCUUGUUGUUUUUGUGUGGUUCAGUGAUGCAAUCACUCUGUUUAGGGAAUGAUGCAGAUUAUAAUUAUUUUGAUUUUCUGGAUUCCAUAAUUUUUCUAUGUCAACUAAAUGUAUUCUUUAGAUAAGGGAAGUUCUUAAUAAAAAUAAACAUACAUAUAAUAUAUUUUAUUUGCGUGAAAAUCAAGCACUCAUCGUGGAGUCAAUCUGGUUCCUUCUUUCAUGUUACCAUUUGGCUUAUUCAACCUUGAUUAGGUGAUGAUAUUGAACUCAUCCGAUUUGGAGGUCCAUAUUCACAAAUGGUAAUUGAAUCCUUCAAUCUUGGAAUGGUAGUUAUGAUCUUUAUUUCCUUUGUAAUGGAUAAGAUACACCUGUUUAGUCAGUCCUUCAACUUUUCCAAGAAGAAGAAGGAUGACUAUGCUUGGUCUCUUUUGUGUCCAAUCUUGCAUCAAAACUCAGAUAAUACUACUUUAGUGUGCUUCAGAUAGAUUCAAAUGCCAAUUGGAGUUAUCUGGAAAGGGAUCAUCCUGCCUCUUGCUAUACAUAUAAUUAUAUAUAUAUAUAUAUAUAUAUACAUGUAUAUAUGAUUGAAGUUAGGGAAUGCAUUCAGGUUAGUAUGUCUCUUGGUGAUUUUAUCUUGUUUUUAUGGACAGCUCUGGGAUAGGGUUUACACAUGAAACAACAAUCACAAGGAUCAAGUAGAGUAAAUGGAAUGCUUAUUGUGAUUGAUGCACGAUGGAACCUCAUGAUUAUGUAGCCACCUAUUCUCACUGAAUUGAUUGAAAAGGGAAUGCAAUUUUUUUCUAGAAAGGUGUGUGCAGAAUCAAGAAAGAUCCAGAUUUAUGAAUUAGGAUAAAAUCAAGAAGAAUAAUGACAAAGGUAUCAUGGAAUCAGAUAAAAACAAGGGUUUUUUAGCAGACUCUUGGAGGUUGGUUCAAGGCAGAUUUGCCCUUCUACUUUUGAAGAUCAUUAUCAAAAGGGCAGAGUUUCCUUCAUGUCGAGAGCCUCAAAGUUUGAGAUGUAAAAUCAUUUUCAGCAGGUUCGGAUAAUGUGUGCUGUUUAUUUGGCAGUAUAAGAUAAAGUUACCAAUCUGAGCUAUUAUCAAAUCAUUUCCUACCAUACUCUAAAUGAACUUGUCUGUGGCACACUAUUAGUUUUCAUAAUAUAGGAGAAAGAUUUAAAUACUGAAGAAGAUCAAUUUUUUUCUUAAAAAGGGAAUGUGGAUUUCAUCACACAUGAGGAAGCUUAAAAAUGAGAGAGAUGGAACGCAAUAUUGUUAAAUAUUUGCCUAUAGUAGUUCAACUUGGUGAAAUUACAUUCCCUUUGAGAGGCUUUGUUUGAACAAUUAAAUUACAAAUGAUAUGCAGGUAUCCCUCGGAAUUGACUUUAAAGAGAUUUGCCGACUUGAUAGAAUUAGAAGAUGUAAUGUGUGGACCAUGUGUGAUCUUAUUCUUAUUGAAACACAAAAUAUUGAUUAUCUUGUUUUGGAUUAUGGUUUGAUGGAUCCAAUGUACAAGAAACAUUAUAUUCUAGGGCCAAUUUUGAAAUUGAUUCCAAAUUAGAAACCUCCAACAUGGAACAAAACUUGUCCACAUAAUUUAUUCUUCUAAGGUAUGAAAAAUUAUUGAGAAAAUGGAGCAAGUUAGAAAUUUCACAGCUCCCUAAUUCUGAAAAUACUCUUAUAAUGUGGGAUGUUCACUCCAGUUUCUUCCUCUCUCACCCUGGGUUUCUAUAAUAACCUUGGGUAAGUGGGCAGUUGGCAGACAUCGUAAGAUAAUUGAAGUCAGUAAGAUGCAACCAUGGAUUAUAGAGAUCAGCCCAUUGAAUGUAGUAGUUUUUGUAGUACAACUGUUGGUCGUUGAUUUCGUAGGUCCGUAGGAACCUUAAUAUUUCUUCUUGGACAUACUUUUCGUAAUUAAACACAAGAGUGGUUGACAUUUUUUGCGGCAAGCUAUGCCCUUAUGAUCUAGCGAAACCUGAGUUAUAAUAUUUCUAGAAGCAGACGAGCUGAAAUUGGCGAGACAAUGAAAUAAUAUUGAAUCACAUUUGAUUUCUUGUUGUGAUCCAACUGGUGAAUAGAUGGAAUGAGGACAUUCAUUUGUUUAGCGCAGUCUUUUCAUAUAACUUAACCAAAGUGCUCAUGGUUUUUAAAUUAUUCUCCACACAUGUGUCGAUCUAUUUGUGAAUGCCAUGCGAUUUGUUUUACAUCAAAAAUAUAUCACGUUUUUGAUAUAUUGAAAUGUAGUUUGAUCAUUGAUUUGAAGUGCGUUUAUGAGAGUCAAGUGAAAUUUUAUAAUGUAUUAAUGACACGGUGUCUAUAUUGGUUUGUUUAUUUGCUUGCUUAUGUAGUGAUAUCUGUCUUUCGAUGGUUCAAGUUGUCAAUUUCAGUCUGGCUGAACUUUCUGUUGAAGCUGCCGCUGUUCUUUUCAUCUUGACCAUGAUUGCAUAUGUUUGUUGAAGGCUUACAUAUCUUGUUGAAUUUUCUAUGCUUCCUUGUCUCACACAUUGUCUAUAAGUAUUAUAUUCAACAGUCCUUUCAUAAUCAACAUGCUGAAGCUGCUUCAUAAUCAAUGUAAGUUGGAUUCUAACAGAUUUAAUUGAAUGACUCAUUUGCAGUGGGUUCUAUCACCAAAAUACUUUAAUUUUCCAUUUCCAAUUACGCUUACUAUGAUUCACAUGGGAUUUUCUGGUGUGGUGGCAUUCCUUUUGGUUCGCGUUUUUAAGGUAUGUUCACUCUCCCCUGUUAAGAGUUUAUUUUCCAUCCAUAUUACCUUUUCAAGAGGGAUACAUUAAACAUUCUAAUAAUCAAGAAAAUUUUGUGGCAAUCUCGUAUGCAACUUUGAAUAGCAGUUAAGAUGCUGCUAGCGGCACGAUUGGAAAAGUCAGCAAUCAAUUUAGAGAGGAAUUUGGUGUCCUCUGUCUGAAUUUAAGGGAUAAUUUUGAUUAUUCUGGAAACCUAAUGAUGACAUAGGAAAGAAAUUGGUCAAUCUCUCUUUGGUCAAACGAUUCCCUGCUAACCAGACACUCUAAGAGGCAACCAACCACUCGAAUGAGCCCUUGUUCUUACUUGUCAUAAGCACCACCUACUGGCAGUCGAGUUGUGGAGAACGAAAGGAGCAUGGGAAAGUGGAAGCAACUGAAAACGGUCGUAGUUUGGCCCCCUGGUUUGUCUGCUUCAUCUUUCUCUUCAAAUAUGAGUAAGUAUCAAAUGUCAUUGUCGUUUAGGAAUUGGGUAUUGAACAAGGUGGGGUGUGAUAUAAUUAAGACUGACGAACGGUCAUGCAAUUGUGCCCUUUUUCUACAGAUUUAUCUAUAAACGUACAAUAACGAUCAGUAGCAGAUUUUUAUUUACUUUGAAUGUCUUUUUCCUCCGUAGUCUUUAAAUUUGCCAACCCAAUUGCAUUUUAGAUUUUAUUGGGCCUAGAAAUUUAUUGGGCAAAAUGUGGAUAUCAAGGAUGUCGUGCAAAUCUGAUUGUUACUUAGUACCCUCAUGGAAAAAUCCAAUAAUUGAUCCAAAUGUAUCUGCGUGGCAAAUCCAUUCGUUUGAUGAAACAGCCAUCAGUCAAAUCCAAUAAUUUGCCAUAUACCCAAUGGACAGAUCCAAAAAUUUGGCAGACUAAGUCUCUGGGCUAAUCCAACAAUUUGCCCAAACCCACUAGGCAUUUCGAAAGGUGGAGCAAAUACAAUUCGAGCCAAUCUAGCAAUGCAUGAAAUUCACGUGAAAAUUCAUCAGUCGGUCAACUAUGUAUUGGCUAAAUAUAAAAUUGGUGUCAAAUAUUCACUUGGCAAAUCAAGUGGGUCAAUAUCCUGAGUGAAUCCUGCAAUGGAUCAAAAUAUGGUCAAUUGCUUAAAUUACCUUUAUAUCGUCCCUAAUUGAGUUGAUAAACUUAAAAAGAUUACAAUCCACUUUUUGUUUAAUGUGCAUCAAUUUAUUUUACAUCUGCUUCAGUGUGAUGUCACAAUACUUUUUUGAAUUAUAAACAAUAUUAGCGAAAUGAAAUGCAACAAUUUAUUCAUUGGUCAUGUUACAAGAGCAGUCCCACGCUAGCCAUAAAAAGAAUUUUUUGCUUGUUCAUUAGUUUUUAUUUUGAAUGAUGAAGUUUAAGAUGGCGUUGGAUCUGAUGGUUGGUCGAGUUUCACGCAUAGAUUUAUGUUAUUCACUUGACUAGCCCAAAAAGUCAACGUACACAUGUAAUGCCGUGUUAAUAAAGUUUUGUAUUGGUUUAUAGAAAGAAAACAUGCGAUUAUAUAGAGAGACACUCUAGUCAUUCAGAAUUAUUUUUGAGUUGAAUGGUUCUAUGAUGUAAUUUCAUAAAUGAUACUUGCAAUCAGUUCAUGGUGUUCUUCGGAAAAUGUUAUUAAUAUUGAUUGCAGCUAGUGAGAAAACUCCAGAUAUACAUAAUCGACGGAAUAUAUUGAAUUAUUCAAAAUGGAUAUUUGAAUGAAUGAAACGCUUCAAUGAUAGGAAACAAUUAAGAACAACGUCACAACACAGUGUCAUAGCAAGAUGCAUGGUGCUUGUCUUGUUCACUGUUUUUCACUUAAUAUCCGCAUCCAAUUUGGUUAAGAUGCUAUAUCAACACAUGUUAUUCUGUUUGCAGCCACGGAAUGAAAAUGCUUUCUUUACUUUAGAACAAGUCAUCGAUCUAUGAACUAUAAAAUACUACGUUCCAUUGAAAUUCUGAUAUCUUGGUAUUGGCAGGUUGUGGCACCUGUGAAGAUGACUUUCCAGAUGUAAGAACUAUGACAUUUUAUUUUUCCUUCAUUUAAUGUGAUGUUUCACUUUGUAAUGAACCUUUUUCCAAUUCCAGAUAUGUAACAUGCGUGAUUCCAAUAAGUGCUUUCUUUGCAUCCAGUCUAUGGUAAGUGAUUGUACAUUUCUGCAUUUUGGACCACCUGUCAGUCGCCUUUGUUUGACUGUGCUCUUUUUUUCUUCAACUGAUGACUGUACUCCUUUUUCUUUGAUUUUGUUUCUAAUGAUAUUGCGACCUACUUGUACAAUAACUGCAUAUGUUAAUCUUUUCCCUAAAUGAAAGACAUUGAUUGUAGCCAGAUCUAUGUUUUUCUGGGCAUGAGAAAAGGAUGGAACACGCCAUUAACUGAAGGGCAGAAUCUCGCCUGCUUGAUGUUUAUUUGAGCAUCAAAAUCGUUAGUGUUGGGGUGUGUGCUGUGUGUUGUGGGUGGGGGGUGGAUGCUCUGGUGUUCAGGCUUUCAAACUACAUCUUUUGAAAGAAAAUUUCAUCUCCUUAUUUAUUUUCCCUAUAGUCUAUUUAAGCUUCCAAUCUAGAAUCCAAGGAUUCAAGAAUACUAAUGCUUGAAACUACAUUAUUUGUUUUGAUCUUACGUGUAAGCUACGCUAGUUCCCAGUUAAAAUAAAAUUCUUAUUUUUAUGAUUUUUCGUGCUAUUACCUAUGGUUUUAUGAUUGCCAAACUUCAAUUAUGAUUUGCCAUUGGUUUUUUUAGUUCAUGACAUGUCAUGGUAACAAGGCGUAUCUUCGGCUGCAGGUUUGGCAACACCGCUUAUUUGCACAUUUCAGUUGCUUUUAUCCAGAUGCUCAAAGCUUUAAGUAGGUAGUCUAAACUCGUCUUUUAUUUCGCCUUAAUCCCCUUAAAGCCAAAUAUUCACUCUUCUUUUGUGUACAGUGCCAGUGGCAACAUUCCUCAUGUCUGUUAUUUGUGGCACUGACAAGUUAAGGUGUGAUUUGUUCCUGAACAUGCUCCUCAUCAGUGUUGGAGUAGUCGUCUCUUCAUAUGGCGAGAUUCACUUUAAUGUGAUCGGAACACUUUACCAGGUGUCAGGCAUAUUUGCAGAAGCUCUUAGACUAGUCCUAACUCAAGUCCUCCUCCAAAAGAAAGGAUUAACCCUAAAUCCGGUGACCAGUUUGUAUUACAUAGCGCCCUGCAGGUAUUCUUCAUCUUUAUCUUCCAAUUAUUUGGUCGUUUGUUGAAAGCUCCCAACGUCAUGUGUAAUCUUUAGAUACUUCUAUCACGUAUUAAUACCAAGAAUGCACCAGCCUUGCCAAAUAUGGCAUCCUCUUUUCGCAACAAAGUGUUUUGGCAGCGACAUAAAUAAAGCAAUAUGAAGGUUUUUAAUUUGCACCUAUGUUUCAGUGAAUAUACAGUUAUUUUCUAAUUGGGAUGAACCUUGUCAGCUAUGUCGAUCGGGGAAUGCAUCUAAGUAUUAACAACUGCCCAAAUGGUAGUGUUUUCUAGUUUGAACUGAUUUUAUUUUUUUUCUAAAUCAAGGAGAUUCUUAGAAAUCAAAUUUGAUGACAUGUCUGAGGCUGCCUUUAUGAACCUAUGCCAUGGCUGAUUAUUAUUUUGUUGUAUCGUAUGCUCUUGAUGAGAAGACUCUCACUGUUGAUCUGAAUCCUCAUUAGGUACUUUGUAUGUUCCUGCAUGGCUAUCUUUCCUGGAAAGCAUCAUACUUGACCGUUUCUUCUCUAUUCAUUGUUAUCGUUGCACUGGCAUGAUUUCUUCUGCAGUCUUCGGUAUCUAUGCAUAUUUUUUAUCGAAUUCAUUGUUGCUAGUAAACCAGACUUGCCUUCCAAAUUAUCUUACUUUGUAUCGAUCAUACGUGCGCAGAGCACCCCCCCCCCCUUUCGUGGAGCCUGCAACACUGGGACAACUUAUAUUUACUUAUUUUCUCUCUGCAGUUUUCUUUUUCUGUUUGCGCCAUGGUACAUGUUGGAGAAACCAGGAAUGGAAAUCUCCCAGAUUCAGUUCAAUUUUUGGACGUUUUUCUCAAACGCUCUAUGUGCGCUGGCAUUGAACUUCUCCAUAUUUUUAGUAAUCGGUAGAACUGGAGCAGUUACCAUCCGUGUUGCUGGAGUUUUGAAGGACUGGAUACUGAUUGCUCUCUCGACAAUUAUAUUUCCAGAAUCUGCCAUUACCGGGCUCAACAUUAUUGGCUAUGCAAUCGGUACAGUUCCUCUUUAAUCUGAUGUAUAUCGUUUUUUUGAACUUGAUUAUAAAGUUUAAAUUAUCUUACUGCUUUUGUAACCAUUCCUUGUAGCUCUGUGUGGUGUUGUCAUGUACAACUACCUGAAAGUCAAGGAUGUUGGUGCAUCAGGACAAGCGUCAGAUGAAAAUAUUCCAGAAAGAGCAACGAAGGUCAUACUCUGGAGCUGCUCUGCUUUGAUCUCAUCGGAAUAUUUUCCGAACCCAAUAAGAAAUAUUCUUUUCUGCCGCCAGAAGAACUAUUUCGUAGAUUUUCGUAUCGUUCUUCAGUGCCAUUUCAUUUAAUCUUUUGGUUCAUCCAUUCAUUCGUGGAAGAACAAUCAUAUGGUGUGGAUGUUUCGUCUAGAGGCUCCUUUUCAUUCUAUAUGGACUGUUGUGAUUCUGUAGUAUACUUCCUUUUUAUUUAUUCUUUUCUAUUUGUGCCUAGACUUUAUGGGUUUUUCAGAUCAGUAGGAGCAUGAUAGAAUCUUUAGAGAUAAAAUCAAUCGAAAAAAGGGUGCACAUUUAGUAAAAAAUUCUACUAGUAAUGUAAAGUGUCACAUCGAGCAUUUUUUUAUUUACCUGAAUGGUCGUUUAAAUACCUAAUUUUUUAUUUAAUGUGAUCUCGAUUUCUUUUUGUUUCUUCCUCUAAACUUUUAUGUCAUCUCUUUGGACAACAAUGUCGAUUAAUUCCAAUCCGUAUUAUUCUGAUGACGAAUAUAUCUGUUAGCCCAUUUUAACGUGGGUUCUUAAAUUUGUUCAGGAUUGGAGGCUGGACAAGAGAUCGUCGGACUUGUUCUCCAGCGACAGCAUGAACAGGAGCAACACAGCAACCACCAGCGGAGACUACACGGCAGAGGAAGAAGCCCCCCUUCUUCCUUCCUCGCGGAUCUCACACGUCAGUCGAAACCCUCUAAGCAGCCACACUGCAUAG